GAGGGGGAGAGCAACCACCGGUCCAACUUGCUUGCCGCGCUCUCAUCCUCCCCGCAGUGGGUGGCAAUGGCCAGGCUCCCUCUCGCCGCGUGCAUCGUCGCCUUCCACCUCUGCCUUCUCCUCUUGCCGUCCUCUUCACUUCGCCGGCUCUCCGAAGCGGAGAGCUCGCUAGUCCGCCAUGGCGUGGGCAUCAGGCCCGCCUACCACUUCAUGCCCGCCAAGAACUGGCAGAACGAUCCGAAUGGUCCGAUGUACCACAACGGCGUAUACCACAUGUUCUACCAGUACAAUCCGCUGGGCGCAAUGUGGAGUCCCGGCAACCUCUCAUGGGGUCACUCCGUCUCACGCGACCUCGUCAACUGGGACGCCCUCGACACCGCGCUCGACCCCACCGCCCCCUUCGACUCCGACGGCUGCUGGUCAGGCUCCGCCACCAUCCUCCCCGGCGGCAUCCCGGCCCUGCUCUACACCGGCCGCAUCAACGCCACCAAUAAGGAGGUGCAGGUGCAGAACGUCGCCUUCCCCAAGAACCCUGCCGACCCGCUGCUCCGCGAGUGGGUCAAGCCCGCCUACAACCCCGUCAUACCGCUCCCGGCCGACGUCCCCGGAGACAAGUUCCGCGACCCUACCACGGCCUGGGUAGGCCGCGACGGCCUAUGGCGCAUCGCCGUCGCGGCCAAGGUCGGCGGCAUCAACGGCAUUGCCUCCACGCUCAUCUACCGGAGUAAGGACUUCCGGCAAUGGAAGCGGAACGCCAUGCCGUUGUACACGUCGCGUGCUGCGGGCAUGGUCGAAUGCCCGGACCUGUUCCCGGUGGCGGAGCCUGGCGUGGAGGAGGGGCGACUCGGAACAGCGAGCGGCGCUGUGCCUGUGAGGCACGUGCUGAAGCUGAGCGUGAUGAACACGACCGUGGAUUACUACGCGGUCGGGAGGUACGACGAUGUGGCGGACACCUUCGUGCCGGAGGUGGACGGCGAGCGCAGCGUCGACGACUGCCGGACCUGGCGCCGGUUCGACUACGGGCACGUCUACGCGUCCAAGUCCUUCUUUGACUCGCGCAAGAACCGGCGGGUGCUAUGGUCGUGGGCCAGUGAGUCCGACAACUCGAAUGACGACCUCGCCAGGGGUUGGUCCGGCGUUCAGACAGUUCCGAGGAAGGUAUGGCUGGACGGAGAUGGCAAGCAGCUACGACAGUGGCCAAUCGAGGAGAUCGAGAGGUUGAGGAGCAAACGAGUCGUCGGCAUGCUCGGAGCGCAGGUGAACGCCGGCGGCGUGAACAAGAUCGUUGGUGUGGGCGCGCAGGCUGACGUGGAGGCCAUCUUCGAGAUCCCGUCCCUGGAAGAGGCCGAGACCUUCCAACCCAACUGGCUGCUGGAACCCCAGAACUUAUGCGCGGAGAAGGGCGCGUCCGUGCCGGGCGGGGUCGGCCCAUUCGGGCUGCUCGUCAUGGCCUCCGGUGACUUGCAGGAGCACACGGCCAUAUUCUUCAGAGUCUUCAGGCACGACCAAAAGUACAAAGUUCUCAUGUGCACCGACCUCACAAGAUCGAGUGGGAGAGACAAGGUGUACAAGUCUCCGUAUGGAGGGUUUGUGGACAUAGACAUCGAGCAGCACGGGAGGAGCAUAUCCCUUAGAACAUUGAUCGACCAUUCAGUGGUGGAGAGCUUUGGAGGCGGGGGGAGGACGUGCAUCACCGCACGGGUGUACCCUCAGCACGCCGAAAACAAAAAUAGCCAUGUAUUCGUGUUCAAUAACGGGACCGGCCUCGUGAAGGUGUCCAAACUCGAAGCAUGGAGGCUCGCCACGGCUGCUGUAAACGUUGUGCAUGGCGGGCGGCUUCCUUAAUACUCCUCAUGGAGUACUAUGUAGAAGUGAGGCUCGAAAUCAUGACUGACUAGACCACCACCUCAUGGUGCGAGCUAGUAUAACCCAUGUCAUUUGUCCCUGAAAAGUAAGGGGUUAUUGUAGCAGUUUUGAAUUUUCAAUGUGAAAAUAACGAGUGUCAAACACUUGGGGAGCUUCCAUUUGCUAUAAAACCUUUCAUGCA